GGAGGUGACUGGUUAGAUGGACAUUCAGGCACAGGGACCCAGCUCUUGCCUAGAUUGGCCCCUCCUCCCUCUCACCUAGCUCCACUAGCACUGCCUGUCCCGUCUCCCAGGUUUAGCCCCUCUUUCUCCUUGGACUCAGGCUGUCUCCGAAAGCCAUAGUCAGCUCUCUAUACCUUUAACAGCCCUUAGGGCCAUCAUGGAGAAGGACUGUCAAGACAUCCAGCAGCUGGACUCUGAGGAAAAUGACCAUCAGCUCAGUGGCGAUGACGAACACGGCUCUCAUGUGCAGGAUCCUAGGAUAGAAAAUCCACACUGGAAAGGGCAGCCUCUUUCCAGGCCCUUUCUUCAGCGCCUCUGCUCCACGUCCCGCCUCAGUCUGCUCGCCCUGGCCUUCAACAUCCUCCUGUUGGUGGUCAUCUGUGUGGUUUCAUCUCAAAGCAUACAGCUGCAAGAAGAGUUUCGGACCCUGAAAGAAACCUUCAGCAACUUCUCCUCCAGCACCCUGAUGGAGUUCAGGGCUCUGGAUGCCCUCGGAGGUAGCACAAACGUCGUACUGACUUCCUGGAUAACCCAACUGGAGGAGAAGCAGCAGCAGCUAAAGGCAGACCAUUCCACUUUGCUCUUUCAUCUGAAGCACUUCCCAAUGGAUCUGCGAACCCUGACCUGUCAGCUGGCCUACUUCCAGAGCAAUGGCACGGAAUGCUGCCCUGUUAACUGGUUGGAGUUCGGGGGAAGCUGCUACUGGUUUUCUCGGGAUGGGCUCACCUGGGCUGAGGCUGACCAGUACUGCCAGCUGGAGAACGCCCACCUGCUGGUCAUCAACUCCAGGGAGGAGCAGGACUUUGUUGUAAAGCACAGGAGCUCGUUUCAUAUUUGGAUAGGUCUUACGGACAGGGAUGGCUCCUGGAAAUGGGUGGAUGGAACUGAAUAUAGAAACAACUACAGGAAUUGGGCCUUCACUCAGCCAGAUAACUGGCAGGGCCAUGAACAGGGUGGAGGUGAAGAUUGUGCUGAAAUCAUGUCAGAUGGUCAUUGGAAUGACAACUUCUGCCAGCAGGUGAACCGCUGGGUAUGCGAAAAGAGACGGAACAUCACCCACUAGGAGUCGGCUUGACCAAGCCUCCACCCGCCCCCAUCCACACCCCCCAUCACCCACUAGGAGUCCACUCUACCAUGUCUCCACCCCGCCCCACCCCCACAUCACCCACUGGGAGUCUGUUCAAUCAUGCCUCUGCCCUACCUCCAGCCCCACACCACCCCAACAUCUUCACUGGGGAUACUGGAGCAAGGAAGAGAGACAGGGUCCCAAGCAUGAGGAGGGGUUAUGGAAAAAUGGAAGGGGAAUGGUGCUAUGGUCUCAUACCUUGGGAAGACUGAGAAUCCACCCUUCUCCACAAUUUAUUGCAAUUGUUAUAAAUUUCAGCCUUCUGAAUGGAGUAGGAAAAGAAAAAAAAGAAAGACUUGAAACUCAUGUA